GCUUCUURUUCUUGUGUAGUAGCGUUGAGAAAGAAGUAAAAUGUGAGAAUAUUCUGCUUAAAUUUGRUAGAAUAUAGGACUUUGAAAGACAUUUAUAGAAGAUCGUUACCUUAGGAAUAACUAUGCAGAAUAUUAAACCAAAUACAACAUCACAAAGUGCAAAUGUAGACGAAAAAUCGAAAGGUUUUUCGUGCCACCCAUCAUCAYCACYRGCCAAGACGAAGCACGUUGAAACCUCACAUGGCUCUACUGGAACGCAGAAACCCACAUUUAUUCUGGUCCAAGAGAAUGGAGUUGUGAAGGCAAAGAAAGUGUUGCAGGUUGUAAAGGUUGUGAAACCCCAAAUUCCAGCUUGCAUUAAAGCUGGUGAUGUCAGCAGUUUACUGGAUCAAUUUUUGGAAUAUGAACAGAAUCAAAGUUCUAGUGUUAUGAUAGUGAAAGGAUCAUCAGUCACGCUGACUCCAGUUUCUUCACCAAAUCAUCACAGCAAGUCUAAAUUCAUUGGGCAUGACACUGGAAGCAGCCAACCUACCACCUCACCAAAGGGGCUGUCACCUCCAGUAAGUCCGCCAUCAGAAAGUGCAUCAGCUCUACAAAAAGUGACAACAACCCCCUCACCCUUAAAGAAUGUUACACCAACCAAGAUACAAACAGUGACCACAACCCCCUCACCUUUAAAGAAUGUAACUCCAACCAAGAUACUAACAGUGACGACAACCCCCUCAUCCUUAAAGAAUGCUACACCAACCAAGAUACAAACAGUGACGACAACUCCAUCACCCUUAAAGAAUGUUACACCAACCAAGAAUGCUUGGUCACAUGUACCUUCUAAACCUUCAAAGGCUUCUAAUAGUGUAGCACAAAAUAGCCUUUCUGUGGUAUCUCCUGGUAAAAAGACAGCUACCCAGCCUACCACACCAUCCAAGAACACUACAGAAAAAMUCUGUACAGUAUCUGUUUCRAAGGACAAUAUGGGUACCAUGCCCUAUAAGACACCAUCAAAGAAUACAGUGAAAAGGGAACUUGUAAAUUGUAUGGAAAUUGAUGAGAACACUACAGGACAACCCUUGAAAGCAUCCAAUUCAAAUGACAAGAUUGCUACAAUGCCCAAGGAAUCAUCUAAGGAUAAUACAGUAAAAGUUGAAAGGGAAAAUGCUAUGGAAAUUGAUGAGAACCCUGGCAGAAGUAAAUUCAAUAAUUCAAAUAAUAAUACAGUCCAAACAAAGGACAGAAUAGAAAACAAAAUAGAUUUAUCWGAAAAUAAAAAGCUGUCUCAAAAUGUUUGCAAUGGAAACAGUCCUAUGAAGUUCCAACCAUCCGCACUAGUSAAAUCACCAGAKUCAAACUUCAAAAUUCCCAAAAGAAUGCCUGCUGAGGUUGACAGGAAAAGACGCRUCAGCACUGAGGAUGAGGAAGAUGAGGAAAACAAGAAUGAUUAUAAUGACUUCAAGAGAAAGAAAUACAAGAGAGAUGAAUGUUAUUGGAGUUCCUCUGAAGAAGAGAGUGAUGAUGAAAGAACAGCGYAUCACAAAAGCAAGAAAACAAGUGAAUCGUCAACGAGAACGCACCCAAGGACUUCRAGAGAUGACUUAAAACACAAACGCAGUUAUAAUCAUAGAAAAUAUGAAAGGCGAAAUGAAAGAAGCMAGYCACCAACGCAUGAUUCAGAUGAAGAAAGACGUGUUAAGCGCCAAAGAAGACCAGAUAAAAAGUCUCCAUUGAAAGAAGAUAGUGAAGAAAGCAAUGUUCAUCUCUUUGACAUUGAAAAUGAGCGCAAGAAGAAUUUUAAGCUUGAUAGAGCCAUCAAGGAAACUUCAGCUGAAAAGAGAAAAAUAGUCUACAUUGGUAACAUUGAUGAUAAAAUGUCAAAGUCAGACAUCUGGUCUCUGUUUAGAAAAUAUGGUCCUAUUGAGAAAACCACAGUUCACUAUCGUAAAGAUGGAGACAACUAUUCCUUUGUAACUUUUGUUGAGCCAUCGUCUGCACUGGAAGCAAUUGAAGAAGGUAAAACUGAUCCUGACUUAAAGCACUUGGACAUAUGCUUUGGGGGGAGAAGAAAGUUUUGUGGUGGCAGUUAUGUUGACUUUGACUCAACUACAAGUAGCCUUGAAGAACAGCAGGAGAGAGAAGGCAGCAGGAAAACGUCUCAUUCUAAUGAAGAAAUGGAYUUUGAUAUGUUGCUGCAAAUGGCUCUCAAAAACAAAAAGAGAUGACAUGGUCUUUACAUUAAUCAGUAAUCGUUAAUAAUAAUUGAUAAUAUCUGGUUUUUAUACCAGAGGAUUAGUAAUGUUGGAAUGUUGUUGCACAUCAAAAGAAAAUUCCUUCUCAGCCUGUUUUAGGAGCUGUGAAGGAGACUUUUCCAAAUUAAAAUCUUAUAUGAAAAAMUGUUAUUGUACAGGAGCUGGUUGUACGAAGGUUGAAGAUAAAAUCAAAGCAAAAUUUAUGCAAUAGAUUUAUCCACCAUUUGUACAACAGCCCCACAGAUACAAAUURAAUUUUGAAUACUUUAUAUAUAUUCUCUCAAUGAGUUUAUAGUAAUUUCAAAUCACAAUAAAUGUGAGGAUUCUURAAUUGACAAGUACAAUAUUAUUGAAUUGACAAAUUUGUUCAGUCUAAAGAUUGUAAUAAAUGAUUUGACUCGAUAAAGUGAAAACAAUUUCCUUUUUUUUAUUUCACGUUAUAAUCAUUAUAAAAAUAUAUUUAUAUUUAAAGAGUGGUUUCCGUUAUUUUUUCUGUUAUUUUUUCUGUUUGUUUGUUUUUAUCAACUUCAAAAGUUGAUCGAAAAACCACUCUAUGCUCUGAUAAAAGAGAACUGAAUUUUCAUCGGRAACAGUUUAUGCUGCUGGUCAUAAUGUUAUAUAUUUUCUAGAAUAAUCAAAAUGAGGAAUCUCUUCCAUAUACUACAAUGAAUUUAUAUUGAAUGACUUCAAUAAAGAAUUUCUGAAUACU